AUGGUAGGAUCAUACGACAUCAAGUACGAACCAAGAACAUCAAUGAAAGCUCAGAUCCUAGCAGAUUUCGUGGCCGAAACAACAACACACGAUCAACCUAGCGAGAUAGACAAGAGUGUGAUCAGCUGGGUAUUACAAGUAGAUGGAGCAUCAAACAUGGCGGGAGCAGGGGCAGGCAUGAUAUUAAGAGGGCCACAUAAGAUAAAAAUGCAAAAUUCAAUCCACCUAAACUUUCCAGCAACCAAUAAUUCAGCCGAGUACGAAGCACUAAUCGGAGGAUUAAGAAUGGCGACAGUGGUCAAAUCCGAGUACAUAAAAAUUCAGAACCGUGUGAAAGAGCUGCUCACCAAAAUUACCGAAGAAGGCGGAAAAUGGGAAUUAGAACAAAUACCCAGAGAAGAGAACACAGAGGCGGACACACUGGCAAAGGCCAUGCUCAAUCCAAAACUUCAGCAGUAUCCAAAACCCCGAAGUAACAUUCCUCAUCAACCCAUUAGACCAAUGGAUGGAGACAUCAUAUCAUACAUAGAAAACAGAAGUCUACCUGAGGAUAAAAAAGAGGCAAGGAAGAUGCCUCAGAGUGGAAGAGGGAAAAUAUGUCUUAGCAGAAAUACACGAAGGCAUAUGUGGAAGCCACAUCUCCCAUCUAGCACUCUGUCGAAAAACAGUACUACAAGCACAUGGGGCAUUGACAUCGUCGGCCCUUUCCCAACAGCAAGUGGGCAGAGGAAAUUCUUGAUAGUAGCUGUUGACCACUUCUCCAAAUGGGUAGAAGCCGAAGCUGUCUCCACCAUAACAGAAUCGCGAGUACGAAGCUUUGUCCGAAAAGAAAUCAUCUGUCGUUUUGGAAUCCCAAGAAUCAUCAUAACCGAGAAUGGUAAACAAUCCGACAGCAAAAAUUUCAGAGACUUCUGCACUGAAAAAGGAAUCGACCUAAGGUUCACAAAGGUCACCCAUCCUCAGAGCAAUGUGAUGACCGAAGUUACCAACCGAACCAUUGUCAACGGUUUGAAGAAGCGCCUGGACGAAGCAAAAGGUCGAUGGGCCGACGAAUUACACAGUGUCCUAUGGUCAUACAGAACCAUGCCAAAAGCCGGCACAGGAAGAACCCCAUAUAGCCUAACCUAUGGGUGUGAGGCAAUGGUGCCAAUAGAGAUAGGCAUGCCUACCAUUAGAGUUCAAUACUUCAAGGAGCAACAAAACAAGGAAAACACCAGACUUUGCCUCGACUUGCUAGAAGAAAGAAGAGAACAAGCCUUACUGCACAUCGAAGCAUACAAGCAGAGGAUGGCAACAUACCAUAACAAAAGGGUUAAACCCCUAACAUUUGAGGUAGGAGACCUAGUACUACGAAGAGCCGACAUAGCAAGAGGUAAUGCCGGAGUAUCCAAACUCGGAGCAAACUGGGAAGGACCUUACCAAGUAAAGAAAGUGGGAAAAGGAGGGGCCUAUUACUUAACAUAUCUAUCAGGUCGAGACCUACCAAGAACCUGGAAUGCCAGAGUUCUUACAAGAUUCUAUUAG